GCUGGUCAUUUCUACCAAGCCAUCAGCUCUUGGAGACCCUGUGGGUCUUGCUGUGGAGUUGGCAGUGGAUGCCAGGAGGGUUGAGCCCUUUGGGUGGGAGAAGGUUUCUUCUGGCUCUCCUAUGAAAUCGCCCAGCAGUUUUGGCUAAAAAUGACCUGAGGUUGCCAGCAAGGAUGGCUUGGUAUCUGUCAGCUUUCUGCUUGAGGGGAUGGGUUGUGCAGGUUGUCACCUCCUCCGGGACAGACCCUUGUGCCACCACCAGCUGGGGACAGCACUUGGCUCCAUCUCCUGCAGACACUAAAGGGUGUCUGCCCUGGGGUGGCCUGUCCAGUGUCACUUGCUCAGGUGACAGCACAACCAGGUGCUUUAAUCCCUGUCCAUCUGCUUCCAGUGUGACUUAGCAAAAAAAGAAGGAGGAAACAGAGCUCAGUCAGCCUGUUUCUGUGAGUGGAGCUUUGAUAGAGCUGGAGGAAGAAUUUGAAGUAAUUCAGAGCAAAUUGCCUUCAUUUUUUUUUUUUUUUUUCAUUAUAAAAGAAGCACGGGGGCGGAUUUUAAUGCCCCCUUGUGCCCCAGUUGUGGUGGAAUGGUGCCGGGGGAGCUCACGGCACUUGGAUCUCUCCCUCCAUUCAGGAUGUGUGACCGUAACGGUGGACGGCGGCUCCGGCAGUGGCUGAUUGAGCAGAUCGACAGUGACUUGUACCCUGGCCUCAUCUGGGAGAAUGAGGAGAAAACCAUGUUCCGUAUCCCCUGGAAACACGCUGGGAAGCAGGAUUACAACCAGGAGGUGGAUGCUUCUAUUUUCAAGGCCUGGGCUGUUUUCAAAGGCAAAUUCAAAGAAGGUGAUAAAGCGGAACCAGCUACAUGGAAGACGCGCCUGCGCUGUGCCCUGAACAAGAGCCCUGACUUCGAGGAGGUGACAGACAGGUCCCAGCUGGACAUCUCUGAGCCCUACAAGGUCUACAGGAUCGUGCCAGAGGAGGAACAGAGAUGCAAAGCAGGCAUUGCCAACGGGAGCAGUCUCACCGAUGUGGUGGAGAUGGACUGCAGCUCCUCGGCCAUCGACGACCUCAUGAAAGAGCCCCCUUGCGUAGAUGAAUACUUGGGGAUCAUCAAGAGAAGCCCCUCACCCCCUCAGGAGACCUGCAGAAACCCCAUGAUACCUGACUGGUGGGUGCAGCAGCCCAGCCCUGCGUUGCCACUGAUGAAUGGAUACUCCAGCUAUGACCAGCAUCACUCGGGUUACUCUCAGAUGGUGAUCAGCUUCUACUACAGUGGGAGGCUGGUGGGACACAUCACCACCUCGUGCACCGAGGGCUGCCGCAUCUCCGUUGGCCAGCCUUCCAGCCAUGGCGAGAAGCUCUAUGCCCCAGAAGCCCUGGAGCACGUGCGGUUCCCUUCGGCUGACGCCAUCCAGAACGACCGUCAGAAGCAGAUCACCAGGAAGCUCUUUGGGCACCUGGAGAGGGGUGUCCUGCUGCACAGCAACAAGCAGGGCAUCUUCAUCAAGAGGCUGUGCCAGGGGAGGGUCUUCUGGAGUGGGAACACCAUGGUCUACAAGGACAGGCCCAACAAACUGGAUCGGGAUGAGGUGGUGAAGAUAUUUGACACCAACUUGUUCUUUAGAGACCUGCAGUUUUACAACAACCAGGGCCACUUCCCAGACAGCAGAGUUGUGUUAUGCUUCGGAGAGGAGUUCCCGGACGCCGUGCCACUGCGGUGCAAGCUCAUCCUUGUCCAGGUGGAGCAGCUGUGUGUCAGGCAGGUGGUGGAGGAGGCUCGAAAGACAUGCAGCAGCAGCCCCAUGCUCCCCAUCGCUGAUGAGACCCAGCAUGACCAGGUGUACAGGAUCUUCCAGGACAUCUGUGGGACACACCAGCGGCCGCUGUUCAGGGAAAACCAACAGAUUGCUGUUUGAGCCUCCUCUGUAAAUACAGCCUGGUGGUUUGGGUUGAUUCAGACCAAGUUUGGUUCUAUUAGUGUCUGAAUUCCCAUUUUUUGGAAAGUCAGUUUUUGUUCUUUGCUGUUCCCAGCCCAGAGUUUAUAUAAAUACAGCAGUAAAUUGCUAUGAGAAAGUAGGUUGGAUGCUUAGUGUCUGUCCUGCAGGCACUUUACUGAUAAAAAAGACUUUAUCACCGAGCAGGGAGUCCAUGUGCUGGUGUCUGUAGCUGCUGUUGGAAGGAGGAGUGUCUGAGCUGUGUGGGAAGCUCAGGGCUGGGAGCGCUUUGUUACCAUUGUUAAUGGCCAGUCAAGCAAAACCCAAAAUCUACAGCUAUAACGACCUGUCCCAGCACUCUGCAACUUGGACCUUGCUCAGAAUAAUGAUUUGGUAGGCAGUGACUCUUGGAAAAGCCUUAAAAUGCUCAAACAUAGGAAUUUUUUGCAGAAUUAUUUUUUCCCUAAAGUGUCCUGUUGAUGAAGGAUAGUAUAUACCUUCCAAGGAGAACUUUUUCAAAUUCCUCUUUAUUUUUGCUAUAAAGUUUAUCAGUAUCUACCAAAGUAUUUUGAAACUUGGAAAACAAUGCAGAGAUCAUAUAUGUAAAUGUUCAAUAUAAGAACUUAGGAAUCUUAAUUUUUCCUAACUAGAGACAGAGUUUAUAUAAAUAUUGUAUCUUUAAAAUUAAAGAUUGUUGCAUAGUGUGACUUAGGUUGGCUUUACCCUCCCAAAUGCACGUGUUGGGCUCUCCCAGGCGUGACCAGGCAGCAGCAUCCACGUGUAAAUCCUCAUUAACAGGCUUGCAUGUGCACCCAGCACUGGGGAGCUCUUGGCCACAGGGCUUGUGCUUUGCAGCUGCCAAACCAGGACUGCACGUGUGUGUAUGCUACUGAGCUGCCUAUUUAUUUUAUGCCUGAGUUCUAUUUUUUUUGUAAUUUUAUCUUCCUGCAAUUAAAGUGCUAUAUUUUGUA